AUUGUCAGGAGUUAUGUCCCUUUAAAAUUGUUUUUCUUUCUUCUGAAUUUUAUGACUAUGGCUUCUCAAAUGGAAAUAGAUACACCUUCUACUAGCAUGACUAGUGUGAUGGCUAGCACAACUGCAUCAGGAAGUGUUUCAGUAUCGUUUCACCCACUUGUCAUAAUGAAUAUUUCUGAACAUUGGACAAGAGUACGAGCUCAAGAAGGAAAACCAACCCAGGUUCUUGGAGCAGUUAUUGGUAAACAGAAAGGAAGAAUAAUAGAAGUGAUGAACUCCUUUGAGUUGCUAUUUGAUAGAAUUGAAGAUGAAAUAGUUAUAAAUAUGGAAUAUUACAACACUAAGGAAGAGCAGUUUAAACAAGUAUUUAGUGACAUGGAUUUUCUUGGUUGGUAUACAACAGGAGAGCAGCCUACCCAGUCUGAUAUACAUGUACAUAAACAGAUUGUCCAAAUAAAUGAAAGUCCAUUGUUUGUGAAGAUGAAUCCAUUGGCCAGGAAAACAGAUGUGAUGCCAAUUUCUAUAUAUGAAUCUGUCAUUGACUUAGUGAACAAUGAGGCAACAAUGUUAUUUGUGGAAUUAAGCUAUACAAUAGCUACAGAAGAGGCAGAGAGAAUAGGAGUUGAUCAUGUAGCAAGGUUGUCAUCCUCAGAAACAUCAGAUAGUUCAACAGUUGCUGAACAGUUGGUUGCACAGCAUAGUUCUAUAAAGAUGUUACACAGCCGAGUCAAGAUUAUUCUGGAAUAUAUUAAAGCUGUAGAGUCAGGUGAAAUUCCAAAGAAUCAUGACAUUUUAAGAGAAGCAUACAGUUUAUGUUAUAGAUUACCAGUGUUAAAUACUCCACAGUUUAAGGAAGACUUUUAUAAUCAAUGUAAUGAUGUAUGUUUGAUGGCUUACUUAGGAACACUUACAAAAGGAUGUAACACAAUGAAUCAGUUUGUGACCAAAUUCAACAUGAUGCACAACAGACAAGGCACAGGACAUAGGAUGAGAGGAGUGAUAUUUUAAAUUUUUCUUAUGUAUGUGUAGUAUAUGUGUUUUUUAAAUGAACUGAGAAAGACCAUCAACAUGAUCAAUGGAACUUUUUUUCACAAUUUUGCAGAAAGUGAAAAAAAUAUUUAGAGAAAUGAAUUCUGACAGGUUAAUAUUGUGAUAUGAUUUGUAAGUUAUUUACAUCUAAUUAAAAAAUUCUGUGCCUCA